UUGAUCUCUGACAAGAGAGGGGUUCGCGGGUUGCUUUGUUUUGGAGGGUAGAAAACAGAAGCACAUCUUCCUUUUAUCACAAGUUCACAACACAUUCCAAUGUCAGAACUAAUUGACAUUACUCACCUUGUUAGAAGUGUGGUGAAAGCGCGCGGUUGCUCCAGCUUCCGGUUCUUCCCAAGAAAGAAGGGGGGCUGUGGACUUACGGUGACAAGAUAGCUACGAUAUAUCAUCAAAAUGAACUUGAUUAAGGUAAGAAGGUAGUCCAUAUCAUCUAGUCUGGCUCGAAUCUGGACAAACAUGGUGUUCCUCCGACAGCUCUAUUAUUUUUGUUGUCUAAGUAUUGCCUCAGGGCAAAAGUUCUCCUUCCAAGAAGAACUCGAGACCCAAGGACACUUGAGGGUUCUCUCCUCCGAGGGGGGAAGGAUCUCACUAACCUUGAUAUCACUUGAGUAUAUGAGUCCAAUCGAAACCGAAUAUGAAUUCUUCCAGCCGGAAUUGACUUUGACAUGUCGUUGCCAGUGCAGUUCUCAAGACGUGUGCCCCAAAACGAGUUGUGAGUUGUGCUUCCUCAUCAUGGGAACCGGGUACGACUGUGUAGGGGAUCAGGGAUUCCAACUGUUGGAUCAUCACACCUUGUGUUGCCAAGCCCAAAUCAUUCCCGGGAACCAUUCUUACCAAGCAUUAUUUAUUGGAGAGCCAAGGCGAGUCCUCAAGCUCAGGCUCGUUCAUGAGAAUUCCGGCAAACUCCUAACCAACGUCACUUUUCAUUUGGCGGGUCAGAAUGUGGCCGCAUUUCUCGAAUUCGACCUCCAACUUACGGUCGAUGCUAUUGAGUCGCCCAAACAUGACCCACCUCUAGCUCAAGUUGCCAUCGUGAACCAUCAAAAUUCAAAUCUCACUUUCUUACCACCAGAAAUAAUCAAUCAGCCUUGGGAAUGGUGCGUGGGGAAAAUCGGUUGGCUUAGGAAAGUUGGAGGGAAAUUCAAAUUCCCAGAUCAGCCUGAAAUGUCCAAACACAUCUAUAUCACACCCCAGAGUUGCAAAUCAACCGAUGUUAGUGCUUCUUUUGAUGCUAGUGGGUUCAAGAUAUGGCAAAAUGACGAAUUUCAAGCUAUUAACCUUGACGAAUCUUGGUUUUGUGAGUUAGACCGGAAAAUCAUGACGCUAGUUUUUCGACCAAAAUCACCAAAACCUAUUCCCUUACGAUUAACGCUUCAGAGCAUGCUACGGAAUUCAAGUUUGAAUUUCCAAAAAGUGGAGCUGAACUCAGAAUCAAGGAGUCCAUCUCUGAAGUACUUGACGUUGGACUACUACAGCCCUGGUCAGCUCUUUGCUUUGGGACAAUUAUCUUGGUGCGUUCGUGGAUUGGUGGCAGGUCUCGAUGAUGGCCAUCUCAGGGAGAGAGUCCGAAUGUCUUGCCACUCGAAUGGCGCCUUUCGAUUUCGAGUGAUGAAUAGAUUUUCGGCUUCGGAAAGUGUGCGGAUCUGCUUGUUCUUCCAUGACCCUCGACCAUUUCAUUGCGGAAACGUGACCAUUCCCUUGAGAUCAUCCACUGAAUCUAGUUUCAGCCCUACCCAAUGGACAGUCAUUGUGGUGAAGCAACUGCAAUCGUCCUUGAAUAUCUGGUCCGGUGUUAGGAGACUAUCCUUGCCAAGUUAUUACGAUUUGUAUUUGGGAAUCUUUCUUGAUGCUCCUGCGGGGUCGGUUUUUGACCAAGUCUACCAAACCAAAGUGGCAGGACAAGAGGAUGCUUAUUUCAUCAACGAACCCGACGGCCUCGAAAAGAUCACGGCCAACGAAGACCUAGCCGUAUUCUACAACAUCGAGUCUUUUGCCGACUACAAGAUGUAUCAAUGCCAGAUUGAGGCCCCCUGGGUGACUUUAUACCCAGGUCUGCUCAGUGUGGCUUUCCCAAAAGAUUCGGAAUACUUCCCAUUCAUCCAGUAUCAAACUAUGCGGCUUUUGGAUCAAGGCACCUCCUCCCGAGCCUUGAAGGCCAUUCUCAGGGAAGUGAGUGGGACGUGUGAGGUGCAAGAACAAUCUGGGUUGGGUCUGCAUAAACUAAUCAGUCUCUUUGGAUUGUUGACAUUCGCUGCGGUGCUCUCGAUUGUGAUUUUGUCCUUGGAACGAGCAGCCUUCAGCACCACGAUCUUGUCCCAAGAUUUGAUCCAAUCGAAAUCAAUGGAAAAUGACGGUCAAGCCGAUAUUGGACCACAACUAGAUUUGCUCAUCCGAGCAUCUGGAAUUGAAGACAAGCGAGCAUUUUCAAAUCGCUUGUACCACAUAUUAUCCAUCCAUAGACAGUAGUGCUGGGGCGAGUCCGAACUCGAGUCCAAGUGCAAUCGAGUUUUUUAGUCAAUUUUUGAGAAAUUGGCCGUUUUUGAGUCUUUCAGAAAAGGACUUAGAGUUGGACUCGUCAAAAAAAUGUUAAUUUUUCCUUAGAUUUUCGCGAGACGAGUCUUAUUUGCUUGCCCUGACUCCAAUGAAAGACUCUAGUCCGGACUCGACGAGUCUGGCAACAAGUUCAAAUUAAAGGACUAUCUUUUGCCGCACUCGCCUAAGCGUUAACAGAUAACAUAAAUCUAAUCAAGAAGAAAUCAUUCAGAAAUUUUAAGAUUUACGACCUAGAUUCUGAAAAUAGUGUUAUUGUUUUGGUUCGUGUAGCAUUGCGGUGGAUCUGUUAGUUUCCAAAUCUUUAGGGAUUUGCAAACCAAAAUAUAAGAGAUUUCCAAAUGCAAUGCUUUUGUACAUUAGCUGACAAAGGAGGCAUCCUGUGAGCCAAACCAGAUGCCAGUUUGUAUUUAGGUGAAUAAAU